AUGCAUAUUCUAGAUUACUCUACCACCCUCGCUGCUCUCCUCCUCACCACCUCCAACCUUGCCUCCGCCGAACCCAUCCCAGUCCCAGCUGUCCAGCUCUCCCAACCCAACCAUGAUUUAAUCCUCAGCCCUCGCGCGCGUCCCAACGCGCCCAGCGGCGGCUAUGCGCCCCAGGAAGUCAACUGUCCCAGAAACAAACCCACUGUCCGUCUUGCCGAUGGCAUCUCCAAGCAGGAGGAGGACUGGCUCGGGAAGCGAAGGAAGGAGACGGUGAAGCCCAUGAUUGACUUCUUGAAGAGGGCCAAUCUGGAAGGGUUCGAUGCCGAGGCUUACAUCAACCGUGUGGCUCCGGAUGUGAAGGAUCUUCCCAAUGUUGGGAUUGCCGUUUCGGGGGGUGGUUACAGGGCGUUGAUGAAUGGGGCCGGGUUCGUCGCUGCUGCCGACAGCAGAACCACGGGUGCGACUGGGGAGGGACAGAUUGGGGGGUUGCUGCAGAGCAGUACUUAUUUGGCUGGUUUGUCUGGUGGUGGUUGGUUGGUGUCAAGCAUUUACACCAACAACUUUAGCACGGUUGAGACGUUGAGGAACGGGAGGGAGGGGAGCAGUAUUUGGAAGUUUGAUAGGAGUAUCUUUAUUGGGCCGAACUUGCCUGGGAUUUUUGAUACUACCAGGUACUGGUCUAGGGUGGCUAGGCAGGUUGCUGCGAAGGCGGAUGCUGGCUGGGGCCGUGCCCUGGGUUAUCAACUCAUCGACGCCGAAGACGGCGGGCCGGCCUACACCUUCUCCUCCAUCGCCCUAGACGAUGAGUUCUCCGCCGCCCGCACCCCCUUCCCCAUCCUCGUAGCCAACGGCCGCUACCCGGGGGAGAGGAUCAUCUCCCUCAACGCCACGGUCUACGAGUUCAACCCUUACGAAAUGGGCUCCUACGAUCCCACCACGUACGGUUUUGUUCCCAUGGAGUACCUCGGCUCCAACUUCUCCCAGGGCGUCAUCCCCUCCAGCGGAAAGUGCGUCAAGGGGUUUGAUUCCGUGUCCUAUAUCUACGGCACCUCCUCCAGCCUCUUCAACGCCUUCAUGCUCCAAAACAUUUCCUCGGUCGAAGGCGUCCCUACCUUCCUCCUCAACGCGGCAAACGCAACCCUCAACAUCCUAGACAGCAACGAAAACGACAUUGCGCAGUACGAACCCAACCCAUUCCUGGGCUGGAACAACGCCACCAACCCGAGCGCGCAAAAAAUCGAGCUUGAUCUCGUCGAUGGAGGGUUAGACCUCCAAAACAUCCCCCUCCACCCCCCUCAUCCAACCCUUCCGCCACGUCGAUGUCAUUUUUGCGGUAGACAGCUCGGCAGACACGACGCACAACUGGCCGAAUGGCACCGCCCUCCGCGCCAGUUUGGGACCGCUCCCAAGGCGCCAUCGCCAACGGCACGCUGGUUCCCUCCCGUCCCCGACCAAAACACGUUUAUUAACCUCGGGCUUAACAACCGGCCCACGUUUUUCGGGUGUGACGUCAAGAAUUUCACUUUGGAGGCCGGGCAAAAGGUGCCCCCGUUGCUGGUUUACAUCCCUAAUGCUCCUUAUAGCGCCAAUUCGAACGUCUCGACUUUUACGAGUAGUUACCCCGAGAGUCAGAGGAAUGAGAUCAUCACUAAUGGGUAUAAUGCUGCCACGCAGGGGAACGGGACGCUGGAUGGGGAGUGGAACAAGUGUGUGGCGUGCGCGGUGUUGAGUAGGAGUUUGGCGAGGACGGGGACGGGGGUGCCGGGGGAGUGUGGGAGGUGUUUUGAGAGGUAUUGCUGGGAUGGGAGGUUGGAUACCAAGGCUGUGGAGGGGGAGUAUGAGCCGGGUUUUAGGGUUGGGGAUGCUUCUACCAAGGAUAGUGCUGCUGGGAGGGCGGUGGUAAUGGGGACUGGGAUGGGGCUGGUGGUUGGGUUGUUGGGGGUGGUGGUGAUGAUUCUUUAG